AUGCACGCUAACAAACUAUACGUCGUUACUUAUGAUGUUACAACAAAGGUUUGGAAAGAAGUAGGAGAUACGGACAUAGAUAUUAUUGGACACUCAUUUACAUAUCAGCAUACUACGAUAACUGUUGAAAAUGAACAUCUGGAUUACUCUCAUCUGAUAAGCAUAUUUUCACGAUACCUAUUGCAUUUGAUGAACCAACUACAGCCAAGACUUUUCAACAUUAUACUGCACGGGAAUAGGAAUAUGAUGUUGUUGAGUGGAGGAGGUUAUUACGCUAGGACUAUCAUCGAAGAAUCUUCGUUAUACUCUGAACAGCAUCCUUGAGCAGCAUAGUUGAGCAGCAUCGAACUACGCAUCGUAGAACUACAUCUAGGAGAGACUUGAAGGCUCUUCAGCAGCCGUUAAAGUCUGUCACAUCGGAUGGUAGGCCCCAACCUAACCUAACCUUCAAAGAAACCCAAACUACGAAGUAACUUCCCAGACGAUAUUAUACGAAAACUCAAAAGUAGAAUAAAAAGACGACAUGGUAGUACUGCAAGAAGGGCCGGCGCAUACCUGGGGGGCAUCACAAUACAUACAGAAGCUUCGUUUCGUUAUUCAGAGUGCUGAAACGAAGUGCAGCAGCAGAAUAGUGGAUUAAACGCUCUUAAAAAGCAUGGCAGACUGGUCACCUAUGGUAGUGAGAGUUACUAUGUUAGACUUUGAGCUUUUAGACUUAAUUUCUACGCGACAGAACAUCAAGGAACGAAGAUAACGCCGGGGGGAGUAGACAUACGAUUACAAAGACAAAUGAAUAAUCAAAUGCAGUAUGAUGCAUAAGCAUUAGGAGUCAUCGAUGAAACAUCUACUUAAUCACAUAUUUUUUAAAACCACCAAUGUAUGAAUGUUUUCGUUGAACACGGCUCCAAAAAAAUAACUCACACUACUGAUUCUACGUAAGGAAAACGAAAGUGAAAAAGCGUUGCGAAGGCCCAUGAUUGGAUACCUCUAAAAUCUAAGGGGAGGAAUUGUGUCGGUACGUAGCUUAGAUUCGUUCUUUCUUUUCAUUCUCUGAGAGUUGUAAACCAAAAAAAGCAAAAACACGCGUGAACGGACUUCAACAGGUUGCACAUUUGAAGUUCCGCAACUUGCCACGAACUAGGAAAUGGAAUUAGCGAGCAUACUCCAUUCAUCCAAUUCGAUUUCGAGACCACACGCAUAAAAAAAUCAAAAAACUAAAAAAAAGAUAGGGUAUACAAAUUUCGUCCUUUUUCGGCAUAGUAGGUAGAUAAUCGCGGCGGUUUUACGCUUCUACGAAAUAUACGCAUACGGAAUAUCCGGAACUUUUGAAUCUCACAGACUGAUUACAGUACCAAGUGACUCAACGUGAACAAAGAAAUCGACAAUCAAACUCUGCUUAUGCUUUGUCUACUAUGCUUGAUGUGCUAUGAAAU